CUUCCGUCGUCCGACCGCCUCUAGUCGGCUUCGGACCACGGGCUCCGUUCAGUUCCUGAGCGUGGAGCGGCCGGGAUGGCGGCGGGAUGGAGCGUCCCGUGGCUGUGCGCCCUCCUGCUGCUGCUCGCGGCCUGGCCAUUCUGACGUGUGCCAGGAUGUUUUUCCCGGACGAGGAGUGACGUUGAGCAUCGUUUCAUGCGUGUGCUGGCCCUCUGUGUGUCUCCGUUGGAGGAAUGUCUCCUCGAGUCUGCCCCCCCAUUUGCGUUUGUCUUUUUGUUACGGAGUUGUAGCUGUUCUGUCUUUCGGAUCACCCCCUUAUCGGACGCAUCGUGUGCAAGAAUGUCCCCCGUUCAAUAGAUUGCCGCUCAUUUCGUCGAUGGCUUCCUUCCCCGUGCAAAAGGAGAGGGCCUUUUAUUCCAGCGAACUUGGCCUUGCAUCACCACGUGUUGAGUGAAAAUCUAUGCAAAAACAUCCUGAGAUGAAAACAAAGAAUGGGACCCUGCACUUGGCCUGAGCCUGCCCACGUGCUUCACAUCCUAGGGUUCCAACCCGGGUUCCGGUGGACCUGGCGCUCGGCGUGGCCCCGUGUGACGUGACCGAGUACCAGCCGGAGGACAGCAACCUCUGCUGCCGGCUCUGCCCCGCUGGCCAGUACGUCUUCAGACCGUGCAGAGUGAACCAUACCGCUGGCGAGUGCCGCGUCUGUGAAUCGGGCACCUUCCUCGCCUUCCCUAAUGGCGAGCCUACUUGCCAGAGGUGCAUCCAGUGCCGGAAGGGAGAUCAGGAGGUGGUGGCCAAGUGCUCCCCCACCAGCGACCGGCAGUGUCAGUGCAAAAAGGGGAGCUUCUACUGCAACUCUGUGGACUGCGUGGAAAACUGCCUGCGGUGUAAAAGGUCCUGGGGGCACAGGCGUGGGCCCCUCCUGUCCUCCCAGUAGUACAGACCCCAGGCUCCCAGUGGUGGUGGAGACAGUCCAAACACACAGGCAGUGUCCUGGCGUUGUCCUGUCCCCUUGCAAUGCUACCAGCAACACGGUUUGUGCCACAGAAACUGACCGAGGCCGUCCAGAAAACAAACGUGGGUCUGAGUUCCUCGUGCCGUGGGUGACCGUUAGCGUCAUUCUUGCUGUCGCCGUCAUUGUCGGUAUUUGUUGGUAUAAAAAGAAAGGUGUGCGGGUCUCCUACCAGCCGAUCGUCAGAUUGUUGAAGGGAAGGUCGGAUGGCCCAGGCGGCUUUGCAGUUGACAUCCCCCCACCCCCGCCCCGGGUAGUGGCUUGGGAAGCACCUGUGCAGCAGGCUCCUGUGACCGAGAGAAACGACUUUGUCCUUCAGCCACUGAGAAGCAAUUCGCAGCUUGAGACGGUGCGACCCGAGGUGCCUGAGCGGGACAGGCCGGCCCCCGGCACAGAAACCCAGCCUGCGGAGGAGGAGAGCCUGGCCUUGAUGCCCAAGGCCAGGCCCCACCCGGGGCCCUCAGGGGAGCCCGAGGAAAGCCCUGAGCUGCAGGCCUUGGUGGUCGGAGGAAGCCCGGUGGUCCAGGAGCAGACGUUAGAAGCCUCUGCUCCUGCCGCUCCGGAGCCCCAGGACGGGACCCAGGCGUCCCCUUCGCUCAAGAGUCUAGAGGAGCGAUACAAAAAGGAAUAUUUUGUCAAGGAUAACUCCAGAGAAGCUACCACUAGCAUCCAUUAUGAGUUUGUAAAGAGCAGCGCGGGAAACGACUGGAAGAUGUUCAUGAGGUUAAUCGGUCUGGAUGAGACGGACAUUGACUCUUGCGAAUGCGAGAAUCCAGGCAAUUUAACGGAGCAGCGUCAUAAGAUGCUCUUGACGUGGAGAAAGAAGCUGGGAAAGGACGCUUCUGUUUUUAAACUCCUGGCUGCCCUCCAUAAACUGGGGCUUCAAAUGUAUCUGCAAAACAUUAUAAACAACUUAGUUGCCGAAGGUAUUUUAGGCAGGCAUGUGGGGACCUCCGACUAAAGUGAAGUUUUGGCAUUGGAUUAUGCCUUCAAGCAGGACUUCAAACGGACUGGAUGUGAUCUUCUUGCCCAGGUCUAUCCUAUUAGGAAUUGUUUGAGUCCCAGGUGAAGUUGUGUGCGUUCUCUGAACUGAUUUCUACAGAACAUUUCCAUCAGGGAGGUCAGUUUUACGUGCCAGUCGAGAGUGUUUCCCUGCAAGGGACCGGGAGCUUCAGAGACCGCCGGUGGGGACGUCCUGCGGGGACUGGGGAUUCCAGCAAGUUGUGGACUCUUGGCAGAAGGAUCCACUUACUGUGUCGGGUUGAUUCACAUUCCUCAGCCCUCUUCUGGGCGCUGAAGCCAGGAGGGUUUGACUAUUUUUCUGCCAUGGCCUGCACCGGGUCCAAGUCACUGCGAUGUCCCCAGGACCUAGAACGGGGUGCCAUUGUGACUGAGUGCUCUGUGAGUGUGAACAGCUCAGUGACCAGGAACCUGUACCCGGCAGCUGCAUGAGACCAUCUCAGGGCUUCAGCUGGAGGCCUAGACCCCGGCCUGCUUUUUAAAAAAAUUUUUAAGGGGUACCUGGGCGGCUCAGUCGGUUGAGCAUCCAACUUCGGCCGGCUCAGGUCACAAUCUCGCGGUUCGUGGGUUCGAGCCCCACGUCGGGCUCUGUGCUGA